AUGAGCACAGAACAUCAGGGCCGGGAUGAAGACUCAUCCGGCGUUGGAAAGGUGCCUCUGGAUGUGGACGACCGAUUGAUUAUAAAAUGGAUCGAGUCUCAGGUGGGCCCAUCUCAAUCCAGAUAUGCCCGAGAAAGGCUGGAUAGUUUGCUUGACCAGGCUGCUCAACCACGGCAUGUUUCGAGAGAUGCUUGCAUAAAGCUAUGUUACUUCGUUGAACAAUGCAGAAGCUCUCAAUCGCCCCUGAUCCAGGAGGUUGCCCUCUCAAAAGAAGCCUCUCUUGACUUGUUCAAUUUCUACAUUGAAUGGAACGAGAAGAACCAGAACCGGUCAAUGAGACAAGUGCUGGAGCUAAUAGCAUCUUUAAUUGCCCUUCAUCCGAAGGAAGAAACUGCCAGUUCCAUUAAGGAGUCGAUCCUUUUCAGGCUUGUUUCCAUUAUCACUCAUCAAGCUGCUCAACCUUUGGUCAAGCCUGCAUUCAAAUCACUGGAGUUCUUUCUGAGUAAACGUACUCUUCAUCCUGUGAAGGUGAUUGAAAUUUAUGAAAAGAUAGCAAUCAAAAGUGCCCUAUAUACCCAUGCAAAGGCAGAGACACUGGCCCGUUGGGAUCCCCUUAUUUCUGAUAUAUUCGAUUGGAUGACUUUGCCGGACAUCUCACCAGCGGCAGGGAAGUGCCUAGUGACUCUAUUCGGGCAAAUGAAAAGAAUUUCUGGCAAUGAUGUAGUUGAUCACACACUUCUGUGGCAACGAUGGAUCAGAAGUGGGCUUGACAAGAAUCCAGACGCCCUGGAGAAUGUCAAGAAUUAUCUUUUCCCGGCUCUUUUCAAACUUGACCGGCCUGGAUCUUUGUCAUUUUUGGAAGAUCUUAACAAGCAAAGACCAAUUUCUGACCUCAACGCACGGGAAUUGAAUGCACAUUCGUUGCUACAAUUGGCUGCUAUUGAGGCAGGGAAGAAAGCUGGGCUAGUCGAGGAACCAAGCACUAUCCAGUCUCAUAAAUCUUUCAAAAAGAGUACCAAUUGUGUAAUCCUCCAGGAGGAGGUGAUAGGUUCUCUCUUGACCUGCGCGUCUAAUACAGUUCGAUCACUUGCUUUCUCUGUGCUGGUAUCGUCACCUUCUUCUAUCAGGCCAUUCAGUUCGAUGGCUCUUGAUUUUCUCCAGUUACACAUGGGAAUCCUGUACGCAGACACAGAUGCAAAGUUUCGGAAUGAUGUUCUCAGUAAUACGAAACAGAUGAUCGAAAGAAUUAGAGGGGCGACCGCCUAUCUACAUCGAGAGCUUGAAGCACCGUCCUUGUCACAUGGUUCUGAUGUUUCGCUCAGAUCUCAAACAAAUCAAGAUUUGUAUGACGAGAUCUCCAGACUUCUGCAGAGGCAUGAGAGCUUCAUUGAAUGGUACCUGGAAUUCUUGUUGGGUGAACUCAUUCCAACAGUAUCCUAUCAGCGCCACAUAACAGCACUAAGAGCCAUUGCACUGCUGCUCCGGUCCGGAAUACAGAACCUUUCCCCCGCACUAUCAUCACCUCCAGUUUCGGGUAAUACCCCAAUCUGGCCCUAUACUAUUAAUUUCUUUACCCCAAGGUCUAUGCGACUUCUGCUGGAUCUUCUUAUGGACCCAUUCGAGGAUGUACGAAGUAGUGCGACCGCUAUUUUGAAGCUGACAUCCAGCGAUGACUUUGCUAUUGGACGAGCGACAAAAGACUCAGAAUAUUACAAGCCAAAGCUCUUGCGGAGAAAACCAGUAACGCAACUGCAUAGCACAGAACCGGCGAUUGACCACCGAGUACCGGCUAGCCCGACUACCUCAUCGCAGAAGACCAGAGCAGGCAGAGCUCUAGGCCCUCUAGAGGAUUUCAUUACUCGGGCGGAAGAACUUUCCAAACGGACGGGCCGCGCUGAUUAUGCCGAUGGUGUCGCUCGGUGCUACGAGCUUCUCUACAGUCUCCUUCCUUCUGCAGAGUCCCGCUUCGAUCUAGUAAAAGAGCUACUUCAUGACCUGGACGCAAAGGUGCAAAUUGCAGAGCAAGAUCUCGCUCAAGCUGUCAUAGAUGCCCCUAUUCAUGGGACAUUUUCUGCUCUAAAUCUCGUGUGGGAAUCGAUCAAUCUUGCCUCUGACUGUCAAAGUAAUCCAUCUCAAAAUGAAGAGAGCGGCCGCGAGGGGUGGGAAAACCUGCAGGAGCUCAUGUUAUCAGCAUGCUCUCGGAUCUGGAGGCAGGUCAAAGAUGUACUAUGCAAUGAUUCUCCAGAAGGUUAUUUACCACUAGACAUUGAUGAGCUUGAUAGUGUCGAUACAAAGGAUGUUUUGAGUUACAGCUUUCGAGCGGUUCACGAGUCGAGCAAUCUCAUGAGAACUAUGGCUGGCAAAGUUACGUCCACUUGGGAAGAUGGUUCAGCCGUAAUCUCGACAGAAGUUUUUACAGGAAUUGGAAAUCUCACAUUCGAACAGCUCUCUAGCCUCCGUCACCGUGGAGCGUUCUCUACUGUAUCCUUGACUUUUGCUCGAUGUUGUCAACUCACUCAAAAUCAGAUUUCUGUUAAGUUAUUGGAUCCUCAUAUUCUUAGUAGAUGGCAUCGUGGCGCCAUGAGAUGCAUCUUCGAACAAGCUUCAACGACAAGACGCUCAGCCGGAAUUCCGGCACUAAUGACGGGUAUUCUAUCUGCAAAUUCAGACAAUCCAUCCUUCCAAGAUGUCAUGAUGGAGCUUAUAUCUUUGGCCAAAAGGCCAGUCGUACUAUCGGAAAAGGAUGAGACCAAUCUACCUCAAGUCCAUGCUAUGAACUGCUUGAAAGAGAUCUUCAAGAGCUCUACUUUGGGUAAGAAGUCCGAAGGACAUAUAGCGGAGUGUUUGCAACUUGCCGCAGACAGCCUCAAUUCCGAGAUCUGGGCAAUUCGAAAUUGCGGGCUACUCCUAUUACGAAGCCUUAUCGACUGUCUUUUUGGCACCAGUGAAAGUAAAGCUAUCACUGAAGCUGGGUGGGAUGGUCGAUCGACAAGACUUUCUUAUGACAGAUACCCUUCCCUCCCCGGGCUUUUGCUUAAACUUCUUGAUACCGAUACAAGGAGCUCUGCGACACUCGACGUGCCUACUAUCGGCGCAGUGGAAUCGGUAUUUCCGGCCCUUGACAUUAUUAGACGUGCUGGACCUCCUCCUACAUAUCGCGAUGAGAUAUCUCGACUGGUUUCAAUGCAUCUCGGCAGUCAGGUUUGGCACGUUAGAGAGAUAGCUGCCCGUACUAUAUGCACCCUGCUUCUGCAUCCUGAAUGGUUAUCAUCUGUGGUGGCCCUUAUUCAAAGCGCGCACCAGUCAGUAAACCAUUUUCAUGGUGUUCUAAUCGCGGUCAGGCUGAUCUUGGAGCGCCGAUUAGAGCUUGACCGUCUCUCAGCCACCGAUGGUUUAUUGGAUAUUGCUGCUGCGCUCAGAAUAUCCAAGACAAAUGAUUUUCCAAAUGGCGAGCACCCAGAGAUUCUCGCAGCUUUCCUGGAGGUCAGCAACACAAUCGCAAAGAUUCUUCUAUCUUGCUCUAGUGGGGAUGCUAAAACUGAUGGUCCCUCAUCGAUACGAUCCACAAUUGGCUAUCUAUUCGCAGAUUCUGCCUUGGAAGAAUUCAACCAACUGAUGGAAACUUAUUCAAAGAUAUCCACUGCUGGCCCUGCUAGUGCGGCUCUUGGAAAUGCAAUCGUUCGCCGAGCGAUUUACACCACAGCACUGCUAGAGGAUGAGGGUGCUCUUCAAAAGAUUCUCAGUUCUGUAGCAACGCUCAACACCGAUAUUAUCCUAGCUGCGAUAGAUUGUGUUCCCGUUGCAUGGCAAAAUAAUCCGUCAGCCAAAUCAAUUUUUGGGGUUUCUCGGGCAUAUAUUGGCCUUCUCGAAGUCUCAAAGGCUCCCGAGGUUUGCUCGCGUAUCUGUUACGAUCUUGCGGAAGCUCUUGAUAAGGAAUCUGGUUCGAUCGAAGCGUCCGAAUCCGACAACAAUCUGAGUGUUCACCAUUUAAAACUUGAUUUCAACGAUAGGGUGAAGGAACUCGGUUCCACCGUAUCAAUUGUGCAAGAGAGCCCGUCUCUCUCAAAUGCUCAGAUUAGGAUUAGUGGACUUAUUCUUACCAGCCAGUUCGCAUCUCAGGGACAUUGCAAAUGGCCGAUGGAAUCUUACAGGCCCCAGAUGAAGGCAUGGGGCCAGUUGCUCUCAACUGCUGGUAAUGCUAGCAAUGAUUUCGAUACUCGCUAUGCUGCGGCUGCGGCUCUGCAAUCAUUGUACAACAACCCGCACUUUGUACCCCAUAUCACUGCAGAUGAAUGCAUGCUACCUUCUUUGCUUGCCUUAUAUGAUACUUUAAACGACGACGACGACGAGAUUCGUGACUUGAGCGCACUGACAGUAUCAAGAUUACUGCAUAAGUCUCUAGUUCCGCUCGCAGCGCGAGCAGAGUUGGUAAAAUAUGUCUGCGAGUUAUAUGGUCGAAGCCCAUUAUUUAUUCGGAAUAUCAUCUUUCGAAUGACGGGAAAUGAUUUCCAGGAUUUGGACACUCCGCUGCCUCAGCUCGAGCCUAUCAGGGCCCAUUUCUCCAAAGUUCUUAAAGAGGAUGACUCGCUAUUUGUAGAAGAAGAGCAGAACCUGUUUGUUGAUGAGAUUAGAGAAGCAAGACUGUGGAGUAAAGCCUUCGAGAAAAUGGGGGAGAAUUCAUGGACAGCAGCAGACAUCAAAAAUAUUCUGGCACAGCCCUACGCGGCUCUGGCUGCCUGGGUGCUCGAAGGGCUGGUGAUCAUGACCGACCUUCUUGACAAAGAGGAUGGGCCGCUUGGGUGGACAUCAAAGCCCGCUGUAUUCGCAGCAUGUAUGAGAGUCCUUCUAUCAGCAAGAGCAGUCAUUCAACUUCAUGAACGGCUACUUGAAUCUGGUGCCGCCUCUCAGGAGCCCCAAGCUUCUAUGGCUGGGGAUAUCAUAUCUGCCCUGGAGAGAUUUGCUACUCUUGGUCAUGAUAAAAGGGUUCACGAAAGCCUUCUUUUUGAAGUUCAAGGAAAGCUAUAG